AUGAGCGGCUGCGAUAGAAACGACCCGUACGAGGAGGCGCGGGCCAACAUCGCCCGAGGAGUUGGACCCGACGAAUCGAGGCAUCUGCCGCAGCAACAGGCGGGUGCAUACACGGGUGGCUACAACAGCCACAACCCCAACGCACACACGGGUGGCCACAACAGCCACAACUACGACGCACAUCCGCGAGCCUCCUACCAGGCCAGUGCACACGAGAGUGGGCCCCCUUACAACAACCCGUCUACAUACAUCAACGCACCGAGGCAACAACCUCCUCGAGGAAGCACGCACACGGAUGGGCAAUUGCCGACCAACUCGACACCGGCAUACCGGCCCACACCCAACGACCCCGGCAUCAACCCAUACGGUCAUUCUGAUCUGCAGGAUUCGUUAUCUGGUGCCCACACGAACUCACGCCGCCACGGUCACCGCCCCGGCAUGAACGAAGCCAGGUUCACCGGCGAAAAUUCCGGUGCGAACCAGAACACUCCUCCUUCGCAGAGCCAGCCGAGUGGAUCCCGCUCGCUUGRCCAACUCGGCUUUGCCGCAGACGAGAUCAGGCCCGCCGGUCGCAGCAACUUUGCUCCCGGUACGCAGAAUCAGCCUAUCGAGGGGGACAUCACGGGUCUUCCCGUAGAUACGGAGAGACACAAGUCGGACUCUACCCAACAGGGGCGCUCCAUCAACACGAUCCAAGACAAUUUGAACGAGAUGCACUGCACGCUCGACACGAGGGUGUUGAAGAUUGUGCAGGAGCUAACGGUCAAGGUGAAUGAACACCGUCGCCUGCUGGUAAGCCAGGAGAAUGCGGUUCACGAGACACAGGACGUAGUCACCCGCCACAACGUCAAAUUGCAAAACGAGAAGGCUGCUCACGCGGCUAUGCGCGCCGAACUCGAGCAAUUCAAGGCUGCUACGCGCGCCAAACUCGAGCAAGCCGAUGCUGCCCACGCGGCUACGCGCAACGAACUCGAGAGCUUCAAGCUGGAGUUCCUCUGGAUGAAGAGGGUGAUUGAGGGAAACAGCAGUCCAAUGCCUGCUCGACCUCAGGGGUGGUCAGCUCAGCUUUGA